AUGCGCUUUUUCUUCUAUUUCAUCUUGAGCUGCUUUGUUACCGUUCAUAUCAAUGCCAUUUCACAGUCCUGCAAGACAUACCGGUCGGUGGCGUAUUACACGAACUGGUCUGUAUACGGAAGAAAGUUCAACCCCCAAGAUCUCCAGACGGAUCAGAUGACACACGUCCUAUACGCGUUCGCCAACAUCGAUCCAAAUACCGGAGGGGUAUAUCUUUCCGAUAAAUACGCUGAUGUUGAAAUGCAUUUCUCAACUGAUUCCUGGAACGAUCUUGGAAUAAAUGUCUACGGCUGUGUAAAACAGCUCUACCUUUUGAAGAAGAAAAAUCGUAAUCUCAAAGUCUUGCUGUCCGUUGGCGGGUGGACCUAUUCAUCGAACUUCAAAAAAGCACUUAGUACUGCAAGCGGUCGGGCGACUUUUGCAUCAUCCUGCACGGAUAUUGUGAAAAAAUACGGAUUUGACGGUAUUGAUGUCGACUGGGAAUACCCAGAAACGAGCGAUGAAGCUUUAAACCUCGUUGCCGCACUCAAGGAACUCCGUUCGACGAGUGCUGAGCCGAAUAUGCAGAGUCUGGAUCAGUAUGCAAGUUUAAAAGCCAACCAUUAUCGCUUUCUGAUCACAGUUGCAUGUCCAGCUGGGGCUAAAAAUUACCAAGCCCUUUAUAUUUCUGACAUGAGUAAAUACGUUGAUUUCUGGAACCUGAUGGCAUACGACUAUUCCGGAAGUUGGAGUCCGGUAGCAGGUCACACCGCGAAUGUUUACACAUCAACAGAGAUUGCUUCAAGUACACCUUAUAAUACUGAUCAGGCUAUUGAGUACUAUAUUUCACGAGGCAUCUCGGCAGAAAGCAUCGUUUUGGGCAUGCCGCUCUUCGGCCGUUCGUUCAUGCAUACAGAUGGGCCUGGUCACCCUUACCAAGGCGUGGGUGACGGGAGCUGGGAGAAGGGAGCGUGGGACUAUAAAGCCCUUCCUUUGGCCGGCUCGACGGUUCAUGAUCUCGAGCAACCGAUAGCCAGCUAUAGCUACGAUCCGUUGACUAAAAUGAUGGUGAGCUACGAUACACCAAAAACAGCCACACAGAAAGCGGACUAUGUGAUCAGAAAGGGCCUAGGCGGCGGAAUGUGGUGGGAAGCCAGCAGUGACAAAGAGGGCUCUGAAAGUCUGAUAGCUUCGGUGAUCAACAAAUUUGGAGGCGUGGACGCUCUAGAGCACGUUGAAAACCAGCUAAGCUACCCAGAAUCACCGUACGACAAUCUUCGGACCUAG